AUUAUGCGGCCACACUGGAUUGGUAAUUGUUUCGCGCACGUUGUUGUGUUGUCACAUCGCAUGGCAAUAAUAUAGCAUUAAAAUGCGCAAUCUUAAACUGCGAUUUUGCAAGGAAGACACGACAGGCAUUCAAAAUGCCAGGCAACUGUUGCUGCUACCCGAUACCGAAUACAAUGACAAAGAAAGGAACACCACCUACGUUGUAACCGACAGCAAAAUCUACGCCGUGAACGAAACCGGCAAUGACAACGAUGAGUUAAAGUCUCAAAUAGUUGCGGAUCUUCCGAACAUAGUUGGUGCAGAAGUCUUGCAGUUAAAUAAUUCCAUCUGCGUGGCGACGGGAGCUGGUGAGGUUUUGCUCAUAAAUCUGGAUACUUUUGACACUACUGAGGGCACCUAUUGUGAUGUGGGUAUUGAGUGCAUGGCCUGGUCCCCCAAUCAAGAGGUGGUUGUGUUUGUAACCAAGACAAAAAAUGUGGUGGUCAUGACCUGCACGUAUGAGGUGCUAGGUGAGCAAGCCCUGGAUGCAGAGCUUGCCGCAGAUCAGCAAUUUGUUAACGUUGGCUGGGGCAAAAAGGAGACGCAAUUUCAUGGCACAGCCGGCAAACAGGCAGCCAAGCAAUCACCCGAAUUCCAGACGCCCGGGGAUGUGCAAGAGCUCCCGCAGGAUGUGCACAUUUCUUGGCGCGGCGAUGGCGCUUUCUUUGCCGUAUCCUAUGUAGCUAGCAGUGUGGGGCGCACGUUUAGCGUGUAUGACAACGAGGGCAAGCUGCAACACAUGGCUGAGAAGUGGAAUGGAUUGCAGUCGCCACUCGCAUGGCGUCCCAGCGGUAAUUGGAUAGCUCAGCCCCAAAGUUUUUCCAAUCGACCGUCAACAAUUUCGUUGUUCGAGAAGAAUGGUUUGCGCCAUCGGGAAUUUGAAUUGCCAUUCGAUUUGCAAACGGAAUACAUUGAGCAACUGCAGUGGAGCACUGAUUCAGAUGUGCUGGCACUGCAGACACGUACAGCGACAGAUCAGAGAAUCUAUCUCUAUACGAUUGGCAACUAUCAUUGGUAUUUAAAGCAAGUGCUGACCUUCAAGAUGACUGAUCGGUUGGCCUGCUGCCAGUGGUCCAGUGGUCGUGACCAUACGUUAUACGUAUUGUUGGAGAGCGGCAAGCGUUACAUUUACAGCUGGAACUGGGCUAUUGACCGCUUUCGCAAUGUUGUUUGCGUCACUGAUGGCAAACGUGUGCUAUUGACAAAUCUGCAUGAGGCUGUGGUGCCGCCGCCCAUGAGUCAACAUGUCCUGCAGGUGGACGAAUACAUCAAUGCUAUCGCUUGCAGUGAAAGUUUUAUGUGCCUUUAUUCUAGCGAGCAUAACAUAUUCUCUUACAAUAUUCUUAACGAUGAACGUGGCGCGUUUCCGUUGGGGAGAGAGGGGAAAUCGACACCCGGAAGAAGCGAGGAGUCGCAAAUCCAAAUGGCUAGUUUGCUGCAUCAUCAUGCAGGGCAUCAACUUCUAGCCACGCGAACCUUGGGCAAGAACACACAUGUUCUCAGUGUGGCAUACGUUCCGAAUGGCGAAUAUCGCGUGGUGUCGUCACGAGUUCUGAGCGGCAUAGUUAACGCCUCAGUCGAGGGUCUUAACGGCAAUGUUUACGCGCAUACAGUAAACAAUGGACAAAUCUUUGAGAUUUCAUUAGCAGAAGCCGGCAAUAUUGAGCACAUUGGUUGGCACUACCAAUUGAAACAACCUGCUGAUUACAUUGAUUGUUGGAUACCCAAGAACAAGGACAAUCUGAAAACAUCGAAAGUUGCUGUCAUUACACUGCGCUCACAACAAUUGCUGCAGAUCGACGGCAAACUCAUUGAUGAGGAUGUGACCUCAUUUAUCGUUACCAACAAUUAUGUGAUCUACACUCAGCUUAAUGCGCUGCACUUUGUGGAGAUAAACAAUCGUCGCAAGGUAUCCACAAGAAGCAUCGAACGAGGUGCAAAACUGGUGAUGCAUGCUCCGGAUGCCCGCUUGGUGUUGCAAUUGCCUCGCGGUAAUCUGGAAGUGAUUUAUCCCCGUGUACUGGUCCUAGAGCUAAUCGGUUCUUUGCUAAACGACAAACGGUUCAAUGAUGCAAUGCGUAUGAUUCGUACGCACAGGAUAAAUCCGAAUAUCAUUUGUGAUCACAAUGUUCAAUCAUUUUGUUCCGAGCCACAUGUGUUUCUAGGUGAAAUUAGCGACCCUCAAUGGCUGUGUCUAUUCCUCAGUGAGCUGAAGAACGAGGAUUACGCUCUAGGGAUGUAUGCCAGCAAUUAUGAAGCAUCUCAGCAGAGUUAUCCGACGGGGUACAACGUUGAUAUCAAAGUCGAGUAUAUUUGUGGAUUGCUGUGCGAAUGCAUGGAGAAGAUGCCAGGCGACUUUCGUCUGCCCAUCAUAACGACUUAUGUGAAGUUGGGCAAGCUUGAGAAUGCUCUGCUUCUUAUUUGGAAGCAUAAGCAAACAGAUGCGCACCUGGCGGAUCAGUUGCUCAAGUAUUUACUGUAUCUGGUCGAUGUCAAUGAGCUGUACAAUGUCGCCCUGGGCACAUAUUUGUUUGGACUCGUUCUUUUCGUUGCCCAAAAGUCGCAAAAGGAUCCCAAGGAGUUUCUGCCGUAUCUGAAUGAGCUGAAGGCUCUACCGGAGGACUAUCGCAAGUUUAAAAUUGAUGAACAUCUCAAGCGAUACGAUUGCGCCCUGACUCACCUAGCUGCAUGCGGAGAAGAGCAUUACGACUUGGCCUUGGAUCUCAUUAAGCAGCACAAUAUAUACAGAAAGGCAUUGCUCAUUUAUCGAGAUCACACAGCCAUGCAGCAACGCAUCCAUGUGGCCUAUGCGGAUCAUUUGCGUGCCAAUGCGCAAUUAGAGGCGGCAAGCCUCAUGUAUGAACGGGGCGGUCAGCUCCAGCAAGCGCUACUCAGUGCCAAGCACACUUUGGACUGGCAGCGUGUCAUUAAUUUGGCUAAACGUACUGGUGAACCGAUUGAACAGGUAGCCAGCUCAAUGGUGACGCCACUGCAGCAGCAGGAUCGACAUCUCGAAGCCUACGAACUAAGCAAACAGUUCACCACGUGGACAGACGUUCCUCCGUUGCAGAUACUUAUCGAUGGACAUCUCUAUGGUCGUGCCAUUUUUGAGGCUAGCUUACUACGAGAAGAACUUUCAGAUGAUGCUUUGGAAAGUCGGAUACGACCAUCACUGAUUGGCUUUGUGGAUCAGUUGAAGGCAUCUCUCAGCGCGGAUGAGAACUUGUUUCUGGAAUACAAGCAGCGAUUGCUGGACAUUCGUCAACGUCAGGCGACUGUUGACGAGCGCGAUGGUUUGGCUAAUCACGAUGUGGAAAUUGAUGAGGUAGAUCUGCUAUCAGAUACCAGUAGCAUGCAUUCAUCUCGCUAUAGCCAUAGCUCCCGGAGUACUGGCACAGGGAAAACCUUUCGCUCGAGCAAAAAUCGACGCAAGCACGAACGCAAACUGCUCAGUUUGAAGCCAGGCAAUCCAUUUGAAGACAUCGCGCUCAUCGAUGCGCUUCACAACCAAGUUACAAAGAUUGCACAUCAGAAACAACAACAACUUGUGCGUGACACAUGCAAAGCACUAAUGCAGCUCCACACGGAGGACGAACGGGCGGCGGAAUUGCAGCAACAGUACGCAAGCGUCAUGUCUGUGGUGCAGGCAUCUUUGGACUCCAUUUGGAUACCUGAACUAAUGGGCGGCACAUCGCAACACUUGACCGGACCCAAUAUCGAUUACAUGGCGCUGCAAAAGGAGCAGCGUUAUGCGUUGAUAAGUCCCAUAAAGCGAUUGAAGCCGCAACUAAAUAUCACCGAUUGGCAGCAUACUGCCCUGCAAUAAAUGUUUUAAGUGUAGCCAAUAAGCUGAUAUCGAAUGUUAUCGAUAGCUCCAUUGAAUACCAUUUAUGAAAUCAAAAAAUUUGCGUGUAUUUCGGAUUUCGAUUUUCACUUUUCAUGCAAAUAUGUUUUGAUCUAAUUAAUAUGUUAAAACCAAAACCAACGCUUGGCUUACGCCGGGUCCGCCUCUCAUUUACUUUCACUUGAGUUGUCUGAAAAAAUAAAUGUUGCAUUAAACUUACUAA